AACAGAGGCGAGAAAAUGGCGAAACGUUCAGGACGGUACAAACGAUACUUGGAGAACGAUACAGAAAUAAUCCCAAGGCGAACCAAGUUCAGAUGGAAUGCAAAAGUAAGUAACAUUUAUUAUUGAUAUACAGACAUUAAAAUACUACACACAUGACUUUAGACAGACAUAAUAAAUUAAAAUUUGUUAUUUAUGACGUGCUGCACAGCAUAAGUUAUAAUUACCAUUAUUUCUUAUUAUUUAAUCAGUAAUAUUAACCUUGGGGAAAGAAAUUACUAUAUUUUUUCCCUAACAUUCUGUCUUUCCUUGUCUACAAGUAGAACUACAAUGAAAAUGGUCCAAGAAAUACUGGAGGUGACAGUAACACUUCCAACAGUGAAAAUGAAAAAAUGGGCAAUGAGCACUUCGAGAAGGACAUUCAAGAGCCUUUAGACAUUGAGGAUGACGGAGUAAACACAGAAGAUGAUCUGGUUAAUGCAUCCAGCAGUGAAGUGGACAAUGAAAACUCCACAACUAGCCUUAUGGGUACUGACAUUCAAGAGAACAACAUUGAAGAUGACAUGAGCAAUGCAUCCAACAGUGAAGAUGAUGAUGGUGCAGUGGACAAUGAAAACUCCUCCACAAGUAGCCUGUUUGGUGCUGACAUUCAAGAGUAUGAGGAAGACCUGUCAGAUUCUGAAGGAAGUAUGCUUCAUGCUACCAGGAGUGAAGCUGGAAAUGAUGGGGACAGUGAAAACAUGAUGGAGGACAAUACUGGUGGAGGAAGCACCUCAGAAUUUUCAGUGGACAACGAAGAUAGAGCUGAUGCUGGUGACAAGCCCUUGUAUCCUGGGGCACAUCUUUCUAAAGGAGAAAGUAUAUUGAUGCUGAUGUCCUAUUUGUUACGACAUAAUUUAACCGGUGAAGCAUUUACUCACUUACUGGAAAUGUUUAACAUAAUGUUUCCAGGUCUUAUCCCAUCUUCAUAUUACCUUUUCCACAAAGAAUUUGGAAGUUCAUCCAAAUUUGAAGUUCACUUUUAUUGUGAAAGCUGUUCAAAAUACCUUGGCAUUAGAGCAGAGUGUCCCUUUCAGUGUGACUCUUGCAACACAGUAUUUGAUGCCAGUGCAAAUCUAAAGAAUGGUUUUUAUUUUCUUGUGUUGCCCCUGUAUGCCCAAAUUCAGCAACUUCUGCAAGAACACAGUGUCAGUCUUAAUGAAAAAACUAGAACCUCUGGGGUUCUCUCUGACAUACAGUCUGGUGAAGAGUAUCAAAAGUUACAUGACAGUGGAGUUCUUGGAAAAGAUGACUUGACACUAAUUUGGAAUUGUGAUGGUGCACCAGUGUUCAAAAGUUCUAAAUGCAGUAUUUGGCCUAUUCAGUGUCAGGUAAUUGAACUGAAACCAGAAGUGAGAAAAAAGCACAUUUUGAUGUCAGCGUUAUGGUUUGGACCAAGUAAACCGUCCAUGUUAACAUUACUAACACCCUUUGUUAAAGAAGCCUCUUUAUUAGAGACUGCAGGUAUCGAGUGGCAAGACAUACAGGGGAACUGUCAUGUUUCUAAAGUGUUUGUGCUGGUUUGUAGCUCUGAUUCGAUGGCUCGUCCAUUGCUUCGUAACACGAAGCAGUUCAAUGGUUUUUAUGGUUGUGAUUUUUGUUAUCACAAAGGUGGUAAAUCCUAUCCAUAUGAUCGACCUGAACCCCCGCUUCGAAAUGAGAGAGAUCAUUUUAGUCAUGCGAUGUCAGCUUCAGAUAAUGAGCCAGUGUUUGGCGUCAAAGGGCCAUCUCCAUUAAUGAAGCUUUGCCACUUCCAAAUGAUAAAUGGUUUCAUUCCUGAAUAUCAACAUAAUGUGUGUCUUGGAGUCACUCGGCAACUGUCCACACUGUGGUUUGAUACGGCAAACAGUGAAGCUGCCUGGUACAUUGGCAAACAGAUCAAAGAGGUUGAUUUGCGACUUGUAAAAAUAAAACCUCCUGUUGAGAUAACCAGGACACCAAGGUCAAUGAGUGAACGGAAGUUCUGGAAAGCUUCAGAAUGGCGAGCAUUUCUUCUUUUCUAUGCUCUGCCUGUCUUGAAAGGCAUACUCCCUGCCAGAUUUUGGAAUCAUUUGUUCCUUUUGGUGUUUGGCAUAUAUACAUUGCUUCAGGAUAAGAUCAAAACUAGAAGCGUCUUGAUGUCAGAACUGGCUCUUAAAAAAUUUGUCAUUGAAUUUCAAAGAUUGUAUGGGAAACAUCACAUGACUUUCAACAUACACUUACUCACACAUGUUACACAAAGUGUAAAAAACUGGGGUCCAUUAUGGGCUACGUCAACAUUCGUGUUUGAAUCCAAUAUGGGCACUCUACUUAAAUAUUGUCAUGGAACACAGUAUAUCCCUUCACAAAUAGCUAGAAAAUUUCUGUUGUGGAGAGAAUUGCCAGAAAAGACCAAGCAUACUAUCACAAAUGCAAAGGUUCAGUCAUUUGUGGAAGAACUUCACUUUAAUAAGCGAAGAACUGAAAAAUGUGAAAUACUAAAUGAAAGUGUCAAGGGUUUUGGACAUCCCCCAUUGCAAGAGAACAUCACAGCUUCGUAUAGGCUUGCCAUCGCCAAGUUAUGUGGAAAUGUAAGUAAUUGCUUCUGGUCUUUCAGUCGUUUUUUGGUUGAUGGAGUUUUGUAUCACAGUCAAAAAUAUGAGAGGCUUAAGAAAAGGUAUAACAGUGCUGUAUACUUGAAAGAUGGUACAUUGUGUUUAAUUAAUGACUUAGUCAUUUUUAAAGAACUCUGUGCCCAUCAAAGCCCUGCAAAUUGUGCAUGUACCAAACAUUGCUGUGUUAUAGUUGAGGUACUUGCUACAUCUAGAAGGCCAUUUUGCAAAGAUUCACAAAUAAAUGUACAGUGUACUUUUAUACAUGAGGUGAGGAAGACUGGAAAUGUUAGUGCUAUAUGGACAGACAUGAUAACAGCAAAAUGUGUUGUUGUUGAAACAGUUGACAAAUUGUACAUUACGCCUUUGCCAAAUCGCCAUGAACGGGACUAAAACAGCAGUCAUGAGUGAAAUCAAAAAUUCAGUGUUGUAGCCAGUGUAUUAAUGCUUUGUGAUGAGCUUACAAAAAUAUGUUUUAUAUACAGGGGUUAGAUAAUGAAACUGAAACACCUGUCAUUUUAGUGUGUGAGGUUUCAUGGCUAAAUUGGACCAGUCUGGUGGCCAAUCUUCAUUAAUUGCACAUUGCACCAGUAAGAGCCUCCACCAGCUUCAAGUAGUGACCUGGCCACUAUCCUGGCUUAAAAUCCCUCUGAGCACUGUGCAGGACUUGUAUAUACAGUGUAUCACAAAAGUGAGUAC